AUUGUUUGUCAUUCUUGUUGCCGGUCGCUCGCGUUUUGUGCAAAGUAAGCGGCUUCUAAUUCCGCCCAUAAAAUGAGUUUAAGUUUUGGAGAAAUUGUGGAACCAUCUACCCGUGCCUUCUGGGACGAUUAUGAUGAUGAAGCGGUCGAUGAGCAAGUAUCGCACGCCAACAAUUUGGAAUGGAUCUGGUACAACGAUCAGGAAGAAACUAGCGAAGAGCAAUCGAUGCAAAAAACACUCCAAGCCCCGUUCCAUUUCGUUAUCAUCGAGGGCCAAAAGGUGUUCAGCUUUAUCGGGAAGGUUCUCCUAGAUGGACAGUGCAAACCGAUAUGUCAGCUAUCUUGCGGCACCGUAAGCAUGUUCCACCUACCAGCUGAGAAGCUGCUACUUUGCGUAUCGGAAGAGCUGGACCCGAAUCUGUUCGGUCAAAUCACACACCGGCUGUCCGCCUGGUUGGAUGCAGCCGAAACCGUCUCAUCUAUUUCGCUUCAACCGGCCGUUCUGUACAAAGGACUUACUGAGCAAGAGCAGGAAAAGGUUUGUUUCAUCAAAGCACUGACCGCAAACAGGAUACUGGAUGACAUCGGUUUGCUCGAAGCACCGAACGUAAUCACCGGAGUAGCGGCUGGUGUUGCUAGCUAUCGUAAAUUUGGCAGAAAGAAGGAAGCUGCCGUUUACGGUUGCUACUUGGACUCGGUUAUACUGGAUUCGGUAUCAUCGGAGCCAAUUCUACGGUUGUUGAAGGCGCUCGGAGUACCGUGUGCCGAUCGUUACGAGUUGAAAUUCAAAACGAGUUCAAAUCUUUACUUGUAAUAGUCCGGC